AUGAGGGUGGACAGGGAUGCUGAGUGGAUCAUUAAUGUGUGUGUGUGGGAUUUCAGGGAAGGGCAGAGGGGAAUGGGGGGUAGAGUGUGUAGAGAUUUCAAAACCGAGCAUGUGUGGGCUGUAUCUAGGGACUUCUCCGGGAGUUCAGUGGAGGCCAACAUUAAUGCUGCUCUAUGGAUUUUGAGGAAAGCUGCAGAUCAAGAACUCAAAAAUAUUACAUGCAUCCUGCAUUGCAAGAAAACAGUGAGCACAUUUAACAGAUGGAAGCAACAGACUGAUAUAGAGAGUGAUGAGGCUGCUGACUUUCUUCAUCUCUGGCCCAAGUUUAAUUCUUGUUCUUUUUUCUUUGUUGAUUUGGUUUGUAAAGUUAGUUUGGACAUGACCAUGAAGGUUCUUGAAGGGGUCAACAACUCUAUCAUUGACAGCUCCGUCUCCGGCGACCGAGUCACACACCAAGUUCAACUGGGGGUUUUAAGGAGCUCGGUUGGCUUGAACAAGGUUUUAUUUGGUGGAGCAUCAUCAAAUUGGCGCCUACCAUGGGGUACACCAGUUCCACUGAAAGUUGAGUCAAAGGCCAAUCAGUACCAAAUGUCCACCAGGCAAGCCAACCUGGGUUAUUGGGGUCUAUCCAGCUUUGUUGAUGUUCAAGUCCAAGCUCAGUCUGUUGAAGAAGAAGUCAUGGAGGAAGAUAGAGAAGAUAUCAAGUCAGGAGAAGUAUCUGCCCAAAGGAAAACUAGAACUUUGGGGGAGAUCAGCUCCUACAAAGGGAAGACUCCAAAGAUCCUCAAGGAGUAA